AUGAGUAACACGACAUUAUGGUUUGGGAUUCAGGAGAUAGGAAGCGGACUGGCGACGGAGGCAACUGGGUAUGAUCCAUGCUCGACUGACAAUGCAGAGGUGUAUCUUAGCCGGGAGGAUGUGCAGAGAGCUCUACAUGCCAACCUCACUCGUCUACCCUAUCCAUACUCCUUUUGCAGCAUGGACGUACAUAAUGCUUACAACCAGACGGUGCCGACAGUUCUUCCGUUGCUUCGUAAGUUGAUAGAUGCAGGCUACCGCAUGUGGAUCUAUAGCGGUGACACCGAUGGACGUGUGACGAUUCCGGUGAUGAGGCGGAGCAUCAACAAGAUGAAUCUCUCCGAGAAGGCGUGGGACAAGUGGGGUGGCUGGAAGAAGUGGUACUAUGAGGCUCAGGUGGCCGGGUGGAUGGUGGAGUACACGGAGGGGUUGACGUUCAUCACUGUCCGAGGGGCCGGGCACAUGGUGCCGGCUUUCUCUCCUGGCCGCGGACUCGCUCUCAUCUCCAACUUCUUGAAGGGGGAGCCUAUGCCCUUCAAAGAUACCCAAAGCAAAGACACAAUGCACUGAAAUCCUGUGUCUCCGUCGACGAUAAACCAAGACGAGAUUGUAGAA